CGUGAGUUCUCAACUCGUGUGUCUGAAACCACGAUUGACGUUUUAAACAUUCGGACUAUAUCCCGAGCGAAUAUUUCAGCCGCUGAAGUCACAACAUUUAACAGGAGUCAAGUGAAAAUGUCAUUGAACAAAUCGAUGCACCCGCGGAACCGCUACAAAGACAAGCCUCCGGACUUUGCCUACUUGGCCUCCAAGUAUCCAGACUUUGAGAAGCAUGUGCACACCAACCUUGCCGGCAGAGCGAUGUUGAAUUUCAAGGAGCCAGAGGCCGUGCGUGCCCUGACCUGUACCCUGCUGAAGGAGGACUUUGGACUGACCAUAGACAUCCCUCUGGAGCGCCUCAUCCCCACCGUGCCGCUCCGUCUCAACUACAUCCACUGGGUGGAGGACCUGAUCGGAGGCCAGGGGGAACUGCGCAGGGGCAUCGACAUUGGUACUGGGGCAUCCUGUAUCUACCCCCUGCUGGGAGCCUCCAUGAACGGCUGGCACUACCUGGCUACCGAGGUAGAUGACAUCUGCUUUGACUACGCCACCAGGAAUGUGGAGCAAAACCGUCUGUCUGACCUCAUUAAAGUGGUUAAAGUUCCCCAGAAGACCCUGUUAAUGGAUGCUCUGAAGGAGGACUUGGGCGUUGUCUAUGACUUCUGCAUGUGUAACCCUCCUUUCUUCGCUAACCAGCUAGAAGCCAAGGGGGUGAACUCUAGGAACUCUCGUCGUCCUCCGCCGAGCUCGGUGAACACUGGUGGUGUGACGGAGAUCAUGGCUGAGGGAGGAGAGCUUGAAUUCGUCAAGAGGAUCAUCCAUGAUAGUCUGCAGCUAAAGACACGUCUGCGGUGGUACAGUUGCAUGCUGGGAAAGAAAUGCAGCCUGGCACCUUUGAAGGAGGAGCUGAGAAAACAAGGGGUUCCUAAAGUGACCCACACAGAGUUCUGCCAGGGACGGACAAUGCGCUGGGCGCUAGCCUGGAGCUUCUAUGGCGACGUGACUGUUCCGUCUCCCCCCAGUAAAAAGAGGAAGCUCGAGAAGUCCCGUAAGCCUCUGUCCUUCCUGCUGCUGAAGCCCACGGUGAAGGAGCUGCAGUCCCAGGCCUCGUUGAUAGGCUGUCCCUCCAACGCCAGGCCUGUGGAUGCCGUCACAACCUGGCUGGAGAAAACACUCACUGAUUUAAAGGUGCUCCACAAGCGUGUCCCGUGUGGAAGGAAGGAGCAGAGUCUGUUCCUGACGGCUGUGGAGAACACCUGGAUCCACGUCCGGCAGAGACGCAGAGACCGGGGACGACACCUCAGAGAGCUGCCCAGAGCGGCCCCCGGUGGUACCACCACAGGCCAGGGUCCACACAGCCAGCAGCACUCCUCUACUCACACCCUGGACAGCUCCCUCUCAGAGUCUCAGAGUCUCAAAGCAGCACUGGGGCCAGGCAGUGUUACAGAGCCGGCCACCAAUGAGGCCGAUGGCACUGACUUUCAGGUGGCCAGCGGACAGGAAGUCCAAAGCCACAAGGAGGGAGGUAGCCGGGUCCUAGUAGAGGAGCGUGGUGCUCAAGAGGAAGCCGACAUGGAGUCCCCCACUUCUACAACAGUCGCUGUAACAUUGGCACAGAAACAGGAGACCAUUGCCUCCCUACAGAAAGUACCUACCGAAGCACGGGGAGAGGAAGUCAAAGGCACACACUCUGUGGAGGGACAGCCCCAGAGCCCAGGUGCUGUUCAACACUUCCUGUUUAAAUGUCUGCUGAACAUCAAAGCGGAGGAGCAGGAUGUUGCUGUGGAGAUCCACUGGGUGGAAGGCCUGAACAAGGACCUAAUGAACCAGCUGUGCACGUACCUGAAGAACACACUGCUUAGAGUUGUGGUCCAGCCCCUGGGGACAUAACAAACCAUGGCAGACCUGUAGUCCUGGGUCAUGUUCAUUAGGCAGUAAAUUUAAGAAAACAGGAUGGUAAAACCAAGGUUUUGAGAACGGAACCGACUGUCAUAAAUUCUUUUGUUGGUGUACAUAGACUUUUUUUUAGCAGGUAAAUGUGUAAAAAGUGGGACUUUCUUGAAAUAUGGUUGUAUUUAGGAGAAUGUUUUCCCUCAUGUUGGACUCUGAAUUGAACAAUUAGCAAUGUCAACCCAAAUACAAUAGAAUACAAACAAUAACAAAUGAAAACAUUACCUGAGUGAUUGGUAAAUGAAUAGCCAUAGAUAGUUUGCUGGAAACACUUUUCGAACAUCCUUCUUGCCCCAAUUCAGUCAUGUCACCCAAAGAAAGUGUUUUAGUUACAGAGCAUUAAACAUCUUUUCCAUGUAGUAUUUUAAGUUCUAUUUUUUUUAAAAUCAUGUUCAGUUCAGACCAAGUCGUCCUGUACCGCGGAAUUUACAAUUCUUGAAUAGAUGCAGUUUUUCAUUGAUCUGUAGUGGUUCCCAAGCCUUUUAGGUUACUCUACCACUAAUUGAAUUUCACUCUGUAAUACUUGUGACUUAUCCCCUCCGGUUCAUUUUACCACUGUGUCUAUGGUCUCACGGACAUUCUGAAGUACUCCCCUGUAGACAGACCAAGUACGUCUGGGUCCUUGUACCCCUGGCUAGGAACCUCUUCUGUAAAAUAUAUGGAAUACUGCCUGGGCGUUUACGAAAUCAUUAAAAUAGAUGUUUCUGUAUGAAAUAAAUAUCAGUUGAAUAAAAGUAAA